CUGCAGUGACAGAGAGGUGAGGCAGAAUCAGUCUGAAGUAUCUCCUCAAACACAGAGCUGCCUGACUUAUCUCCUACAACUCCAGCAGAGGGUCAGCGGACAGCCAACAUGAUCUGCUUCUUACUUUACCUGGCUGCACUCGGUCUGCUGGGAGGUACUGCAGCAACAAACCAGAUAUUUACCAGUUCUGGUGAGAUGGACAUCACCUCGUGCCCCAUCACCUAUUAUGGACAGAAAUACGACAAAGUCUACGUAGCCUUCGAGUCUAACACAUUUUCCCUCUGCUUCAAUGGCUCAUACCAAACUGGAAUUAAAAAUGACUGCAUUUUCAUGUCUGGAGGAACCGCUGACAGAGGAGGCUUGUCAGUUUUCACUAAAGAAAUACCAGAAGGAUCUGGAGUCCAUCGACUUCUGCCCAACCUCAGUAAUGCUGGGAAAUGCAUCAACAUAAUACCUUUAAAAGACAGUCAACAAUCAGAAAUCCAACAGGUUGAACUGGGUAACUUUGGGUCACAAGCAAUCCUGGCAAUCAGGACACACUCUGGAUACACAAAUCUGCACGUUGAAGCAGAUGCACAGGUGGAUGGUGUUUCAGUUUUUAAACAGACGUAUCAGUCAGCCGAGACGAAUGUAGGUGUCAUCACAGACGUGAGCGGAUGCAGACUCGCAGGUGUUGUUUAUAAGACCAAUACAACAAUCAGUGACCCAACAACCUGCACUUCUGUAAUGUGUGACUUCUGUGGAGUCGCUACGGUCAUUAAUGACUGCGGUCCAAUGGAGCAAUGCCAGGGCGAUGGGAGUUGCGUGUUUAAAACCAUGUGCACGGUGACCGGCUCGGCUGUCAUCAACAUUGUCGGCAGAGUUGAAACGGUGCCGGACCGUUGUGGGUACACUCUGGUGGGACCCUCAGUCAUCCCUGGCUUCAAGGUGCUGGGGGUUUUCCAGGAAAGACGCCGGAAGGAUGUUAGUUUCUUGGAGCGUGUGAUCCUGCAGCUCGACAAUCCUAAUGUUCAGAUUUCUCUGGAACAAGGUGGCAGGGUUCAGCUGGAUGAAAAGGUGCUGCAGGUCAACGGCAGCGCUCAGGUGGUUCACGGUGUGGAGCUCUCCAGGGAUCACAGAGGAGUGACUGCUCAGCUAUCCAAGUCCCAAUACACCGUUCAUGUCCUCUUUGAUGGCAACACCGCACUGAUCCACAUGACAGCACCAAGUGAAACUGCUGUGCAGGGUUUAUGUGGGAAUUCAAACACGCCUUUGAUUCAAGAGAAGGCUGCUGAACACUCUGCACCUGGCUGUGGGAUGGAAUAUGCUGAGGCUGCCAACAGUAACAUCAACUGCAACCGCACAACUGAUUGGUGUAAUCUCCUGAAAGAGGCUCCCUUCAGUGCUUGCAAUGAGCACAUCGACCCGGAGCCCUACAUGGCCGCCUGCACACACACUCUGUGCAAAUACCCUGCAGUGGAUGGUCUUAAGUGCCAGUUCCUGGAGGCCUACGUCAAGGCCUGCAGCCUCCACAGCAACGUCACCGUGGAUAGAUGGAUGACCAAAACCAGCUGCCCGGCUGUCCCUCGGGCCUCCUGUCAGGACCGGUUCUGCAGCGAUAAUGAGUUCUGCGGAGAGAGACAAGUCGGGUAUCCUCGCUGCCUCUGUCGUGCCAUUUUUGCCUCCAAGUACAAAUCGGAAAAUGCUUAUGGUGAGCCGACAGAAUGCACAAAGAAGUCUGCAUCAGUUACUAUGGCCAAUUGUCUCUUGGAGGACAAAAGCAUCGACUACUCCUUCUUACACCUCAAUGACGAGGCCUGCAAAGCUGAAAUGGACGAACUGACCCACAUGGUGACGUUCAAAUUCAACAGCAGCAACUCUUGUGGUACAGUGGUCAUGGCAAACAACAGUCAAAUUAUCUACAAGAACACCAUCAUGAGGAGGAACCUCUCCGAUUCUGGCAUGAUCAACCGUCAGAGCCCCGUGCUCAUCGACUUCUCCUGUUAUUACGCUCAGCCGGAGAUCAAGAGCUUGGCCAUCAGACUGAAACACAGGGAUGUGAUGCAGGAGAUGACUUCUGGAGAAUGGAAGUACAAUCUGACCAUGAAGGCCUACAGUGACGCUGAGCGUAACAACGUUAUCCAGCCAGACACCGACAUCCAACUGGACCAGAACAUCUGGGUGGAGAUUGAGACAGAGGGCCUCGAUGAAAAAGUGGUUGUCGUGGUGAUGGACUCCUGCUGGGCCACCGAUCAGCCGUCGCCAAGCGGAGCUCUGAGAUAUGACCUCAUCACGAACGGCUGUGCUAACCCUGCUGACCAGACGGUGAGAGUGGAGCGCAAUGGGUUGGCAACGUCCAACUUCUUCUCUUUCAACUCGUUCCAGUUCACUGGCAGUUCUGCUAACGUCUACUUACACUGCAAAUUAGAGCUGUGUGUCACUCAGAGUAACGCCUGCGCCCCGAUAUGCAGCCAAGGUGCAAGAAGGCGCAGAUCUGCCUUCGCAAAGUACGAGGACAAAAACCCUGCCUUGAUCACCAUGGCCUGGAGUAAUUAGGUUUUCGUGGAAAGCGACCAAUGGGUUCAAGACCCAAAAUGAUUUUUGUUUUGUCUUUGCCCUGAUAAAGAAUCUGUGUUCAAUCAUCAUUGCUUUAUUAAUCUAUACAAGCACAUAUGUUUGUUAUUACCAGACUAAUACAUUGAUGUUGUACCUAUCCUUAAAUUACUUUGGUCUUUGUUGGGUUUCUUGUUGUGGUUUUUUCUCUGAGAUAGAUGAGGCAGAAUGAUCUAUAAAGCAUUGAAAGGUACUGAGUUGAUUAACAGAAUCUGAGAGAGUGCCUGUAACAAAGCACCAAGCAUUACUUGAUAAGUAAACACAGCAACAUGCAUACUGUCAAGGUCUUGCAGACAAUGUGAAGAUUUGUUUGAGAUCAAAACCUGCAACCUCCAGUGGCCUAAAGAAGACAAAACAUGCUGUAUGCUUUCUACCUUUUUUCACGAUGGUGUAUAAUCAAUACAAAAUAUAAAAACAUAAAUGGGAA